UACCGCAGUGGACGAGAAGAGCAGAUUCUAUCGCUCCAUCGCUGUGGGAAAUGAGAGAGGAUUCUGCCCGACUACUUGCUAAAAGCAAUAAGUGAAGAUUCUAUCCCUUUACGUCUGGGGGGGACUAAGUGAAAUUUAUCCUCCUUCUUCUGGGAGGAAAUGACUUAAGAUUCUAUCAUACUAUUUCUGGGGGGAAAAUCUAUUAGACUACAGCCAGGAGGAAUGAAAGCAUUCUGGGUGAAAUGAGUGAAGACUCUCACUCUCCCCCGGAGGAGGAGGGCAAAGGAGAUAACAUUUUACUUCGGGAAGGAUAAAGAGUAGGGCUGGCCAAUCCGGCGGUGCAAUGGUUACAAAAAGUGGUUUAAAAACAAAUUUCUCAUAUACAUAAACUACAUUAUACUGAAAGUCCCAGCUAGUGAUAAAAAAUAACAGCACCAUUUAUUUAACCAUAAAUAAAACAUAUAUCUUUGCACACCCUGUGGCAUAUUAGAAAACAGCUCACCUUCCUGGUGCACAUCCCCCCGAACGGCAGUAGGUGGCAGUAUAGUGUAACUUUACGUAACACGUAAAAGGACCAUUUCGGUUGCGCCAUCGAUGUUUACGGGUAUGGCCGCUGCGCGAGGAAGAUUGCUGUAAAACCGGUUUCGCAAAUUACAGUUUUUUUUUUAUCUUUUCUGCAAUUUUAUAUGACUAUAUAAAAUAUAUAAACAUAAAAUAUAAAGAAUACCCAGAAGACAACACGUGAAAAUCAGAAUUUAACGCUGUCUAUGUCUGUUUUGUAAUUUAAUGUGCGGAGAAUCGUGUGACCUCAAAUAAACUAAGAUCGGUAUAGCUGGCUACGGGGUCAAGCUAAAAGACUGUAACGUAACAUUUAAAAUAUAUUUUUAAUAUCCCGGGGUGCUGCGUCUGCGCAUACUGCCCUCUGCGUACUCACGGUGCCGCGCGGCAUGUGACGUCACGUUGGCGCUUAAUUUUCAGAACGAAGCGCGCGGAAAAGUAGUCGGACCUGCGCUCGGUGUAGUGAGAAAGGAGACAUCACGGCGAGAUCAAGAAGUACCUUAUUCCGACAGCAUGCAGCGAAGCAUAGCGUCUUUCUUUCAGCCGAUGAAAGGGAAGGAGAAGGAGGGGAAUAAAAGCGACGGAGUAGCCAAAAAUAAGACUGAACCAGUCAAGUCACCCCUGAAGACUCAGAACGGAGUGGCAGAAUGUGAUUCGCCCGUGAAGAAGGUCAGCAAGCGCAGCCGGCGAAUCAGAGACAGCGACGAGGAGGGAGAGGCGGGCACUAAGGAGGACGCGAUCUCGCCGGCCCCCCUGCCCACCCCCGAAAAGGGGGCAGUAGUCAAGGCAGCUUCCACGGUCUCCUCGCCGGCUGCUGCAGAUACUCCAUCUACACCGAGUGCCCCAGCUUCCGCAGCUGCGGCAGUCACCCCGGCCUCCUCCAUUUCUCCAGGAACUCCCUCCUCCAUUUCUCCCUCUGGGAUCCUCAAACGGAAGACCGCGAGGAAGCAGUUUCCUAAGCGGAAGCUGGCGACUGAUGUUUUCGGUGAGGAGGACCAUGGUCCAGAUGAACAGGAGGUGAAGAGGUCGCGCACAGAGGGACCCCCAGGCACUGGAGAACCAGAAGAGAUGGAAGUUGAUAAUAAGACUACAGAAGAAAGCAAGGAGCCGGAAGGAGAGAGGGUCACUGUGAAGGAGGAGGAGGAGGAGGAAGGGGAGCCGGAAGGAGAGAGGGCCACUGUGAAGGGGGAGGAUGCGGAGGCCAAGGGAGAAAAGGAGCUGGGGGCGAGGAGUCCGGAGCAGGUGAAGGCCACAGAGAGGUCGGAGAAGCAGGAGGCGAAGGAGGGAGGCAAGACGCCGUCGGCCAAGAAGGCGACUAUCAGCAGCUUCUUCACGCCCAGGAAGGCAGCGGCGAAGCUGCAGAAGGCCGAGGAUGCUGGGAAGGAACGGUCAGACAAGCAGAUGGGCGCGGCCGAGCCGGCAACAGGAGGGGGCGAGAGUGAGGAGGCCAAGCCUCUCAGCCAGACCGACUACAACCCGUCCAGGACCGGCUAUCACCCCGUGCAGCAUGCCUGCUGGAGCCGGGGUCAGAGGGUGCCGUACCUGGCCGUGGCCCGUACCUUUGAGAAGAUAGAGGAGGAACAGGGCAGGCUGAGGAACAUCGAGACCCUGUCAAACCUUCUCCGCUCUGUGCUGGUUCUCUCUCCAGACGACCUGCUCUGCUGCAUCUACCUCUGUCUCAACCAGCUGGGCCCUGCCUACCUGGGGAUGGAGCUGGGAGUCGGGGAGACGGUCCUGAUGAAGGCUGUUGCCCAGGCAACCGGGCGACAGUUGGACAAAAUCAAGGCAGAGGCGCAGGAGAAAGGGGACCUGGGAUUGGUGGCGGAGAGCUCCCGGAGCAACCAGAGAAUGAUGUUUGCCCCGGCCAAUCUGACAGCGGCGGGCGUGUUCAGCCGGCUCAAGGACAUCGCCAAGAUGAGCGGCAACUCCUCUAUGAAUAAGAAGACUGAGAUAAUCAAAGGUCUGUUUGUGGCUUGUAGGCACUCUGAGGCAAGAUACAUUGUGAGGUCUUUGGCGGGAAAGCUGCGGAUCGGGCUGGCGGAGCAGAGCGUGCUGGCGGCUCUGGCCCAAGCCGUGUGUCUGACUCCUCCGGGCCAAGAAUUCCCACCCCCGAUAGUCGAUGCCGGGAAGGCGAUGACUCCCGAGAACAGACGGGCCUGGAUUGAAGAGAAGGCUCUUAUCGUCAAGCAGACGUACUGUGAGAUGCCCAACUAUGACGCCAUCAUCCCAGUGCUGCUGAAGGAGGGGAUUGACGAGCUGCCCAAACACUGCAAGCUCACGCCAGGAGUUCCUCUACGACCCAUGUUGGCCCACCCAACAAAGGGCGUGUCAGAGGUGAUGAAGAAAUUCGACGAGGCCGCCUUCACGUGCGAAUACAAGUACGACGGGGAGAGAGCGCAGAUCCACAUCCUGGAGAACGGGGAGGUCCACGUCUUCAGCCGUAACCAAGAGGACAACACCAGCAAAUAUCCGGACAUCAUCGCCCGAGUGCCCCAGGUGAAGAAGGCCUCAGUGAGGUCCUGCAUCCUGGACUCCGAGGCAGUGGCCUGGGACAGGGAAAAAAAACAGAUCCAGCCCUUCCAGGUUCUCACCACUCGGAAGAGAAAGGACGUGGACGCUUCAGAGAUUAAAGUGCAGGUUUGCGUUUACGCCUUCGACCUGCUCUACCUAAACGGGGAGUCCCUGGUGAGGCAGCCUCUAUCGAGGCGGCGGGCCCUGCUGAAGGAGAGCUUCGAGGAGCGUGAAGGAGAGUUUGUGUUCGCCCGCGCACUCGACUGCGACAACACGGACGCCAUCGCGGAGUUCCUCGAGCUGUCCGUGCGAGAUUCGUGCGAGGGCCUCAUGGUGAAGACCCUGGAGAAAGACGCCACCUAUGAAAUAGCCAAGCGCUCGCACAACUGGCUGAAGCUGAAGAAGGACUACCUGGACGGCGUGGGGGACACGGUGGAUCUUUGCGUCAUCGGUGCCUACGUCGGGAAAGGCAAGCGGGCCGGUUCCUACGGAGGCUUCCUGCUCGCCUGCUACGACGAGGACAACGAGGAGUUCCAGUCUGUGUGCAAGAUUGGAACGGGCUUUAAAGAUGAGGACCUCCAGCAGCAUUUCAACUUUCUUAAGGAACACGUUCUUCCAAAGCCCAGGCCAUACUACCGCGUCGACCAAUCAGCAGAGCCCGACCUGUGGCUGGAUGCGGUGCAGGUGUGGGAAGUGAAGUGUGCGGACCUGUCCCUGUCUCCCGUCCACAAGGCUGCCAUGGGAUUGGUGGAUCCAGACAAGGGGAUCUCCCUGCGCUUUCCUCGCUUCCUCAGAAUCCGGGAUGAUAAAAAGCCAGAAGAUUCCACCACCGGAUGUCGACUGGCAGUGUUCACCCGAGCACCCCCCAAGAACAGUCACGCCUCCCGCCUGGGCCUGGGCGGUGGUACAAGCACAGGGUGA